AUGCCGAUGCUCAAGGAUCCUUCAAAAAAAUAUACGCCAUACAAGCCACUUAACCUGCCUAAUCGCCAAUGGCCUGACAAAGUUAUCAACAAGCCACCUCGCUGGCUGGCCACCGAUCUGCGCGAUGGCAACCAGUCUCUCCCCGACCCAAUGGAUGGCGAGCAAAAAUAUCGUUUCUUCAAGAUGCUUGUGGAUAUUGGUUAUAAAGAAAUUGAAGUGUCAUUCCCGUCCGCAUCCCAAAUUGAUUUCGACUUCACCCGCCGUCUGGUCGAAGAGCCCGGCCUCACCCCCGAUGAUGUCGCUCUCCAAGUCCUGGCUCCUUGCCGCGAGGACCUCAUCCGUCGCACCGUUGACUCUCUGAAGGGCGCCAAGAAGGCCAUCCUCCACAUCUACCUCGCAACUAGCCCCUGUUUCCGACGCAUCAUCUUCAAUAUGGACCGAAAGCAGAGUCUGGAACUCGCUGUUAAAUGCACAAAGUACGCCCGCUCUAUCACCAAGGAUGACCCCUCCCAGGCUGGCACAGAUUGGCAAUUUGAGUUCUCCCCCGAGACUUUCUCGGAUACCGAGCCCGAGUUCGCUGUGGAGGUCUGCCAGGCUGUCAAGGCUGCGUGGGAGCCCACUGCCGAGAAGCCUAUCAUUUUCAACCUUCCCGCCACAGUAGAGAUGGCCACCCCCAACGUCUUCGCCGAUCAGGUUGAGUACUUCUGCACAAACAUGACUGAACGCGAGAAGUUUGUUGUUUCAGUACACCCCCAUAACGAUCGGGGCUGCGCUGUUGCUGCGGCUGAGCUGGCACAAAUGGCUGGUGCCGAUCGUGUAGAGGGCACUCUGUUCGGAAACGGCGAGCGCACUGGAAAUGUAGAUCUCGUCACUCUCGCCCUGAACAUGUACACACAAGGUGUCUCACCAAACGUCGACUUCUCGGACAUCAACUCAGUUAUCAAGGUGGUUGAGGAGUGCAACAAGAUUCCCGUUAACGAGCGCGCACCCUAUGGUGGCCAGCUCGUGGUGUGCGCUUUCUCUGGAAGUCACCAAGACGCAAUCAAGAAGGGCUUCAAGCUCCGCGAAGAUGGCGAGGGUGCCGACGAGGAAACCAAGUGGGAAGUCCCAUAUCUGCCUCUGGACCCGCAAGAUAUUGGCCGUACAUACGAGGCAGUCAUCCGCGUCAACUCCCAGAGUGGAAAGGGUGGCGCCGCCUGGAUUAUUCUGCGCAGCUUGGAGCUGGAUCUCCCUCGCGCGCUGCAGGUCGAGUUCAGCAAAAUCGUGCAAGUGAAGACCGAGAGUGUCAGCCGGGAGCUGAAGCCCACCGAGAUCGUGAACCUCUUCGAGGAGGCUUACCACCUCAAGUCAAACCCUCGCUUCACUCUCGUCGAUUACAGCAUCACCACCGAUCGCUCGCGGUCCCCUGCUCCUCCCCAACCCGGCAAGGCCCUCAACACCAAGAACCUCAAGCGUCGCUUCACCGGUAUCGUCGAGAUCGACAAUGUCCAGCAUGCCAUCACCGGUGUCGGCCCAGGUGCUAUCUCGUCCCUGGCUACUGCACUUUCCACUCUCGGUAUCGAUCUGGAUGUCCGCGAUUACAAGGAACACUCCAUUGGUCGCGGUCGUGACGUGAAGGCCGCUACAUACAUUCAGUGCACAGCAGCCGGCAGCAAUGAGCAAGUAUGGGGUGUUGGCAUCCACCAGGAUGUGGUCCAGGCCUCUCUUAUUGCGCUGCUUAGCGCCGCUAGCUCGUUCCUCACCUCCCGCGCUGGUUCCCCGGCUCCUUUCCGUCCCAUCCGCUCCAACACCCUCACCAGCGAUGACCUGCAGGCUCUCGAGCAGCUGGCCAGUACCCCUGAGGCCGCCGCUUCUAUCGGCGGUCUGAGCAGCAAGGUCAACAUCGAGCAGCUCACAAAACAGGCUGAAAGUAUGUAA